GGAAUCAUGGAAGAUAAUUUCAACUCAUCCUAUUUCUGGUCUCCCAUCCCACCAGGACAGCUCGAGAAUGCCAUGUUCCUGAACAAAGUGAAAGAGCAUCAAGAAAAGAAUGCGUCCUUUCCUCCGUCCUCUGCGUCCCACUAUCAAACUGCCCUGCUCACCAUUCCCACGCCGGCAGGCAAGACUGAUGUAGGCGGGCAUACUGUCGGCGCACAACACUUGCACCCGCCACACAGCAGCCAGAACAUCACCGUGCUGCCCGUGCCCUCUACGGGGAUCAUGACGGCAGCGGGACUGGUCAUCACGACUCCCCAAGGAACGUUAGUGUCUCCCACAUCCUCGCAAUCCUUCAUGUCUGCACACCCACCAACCACCAUGAUUGUCUCUGCCGUUCACCCUUCUUCCGUAGACAAAAAAGAGGACGGGACGUCGCACGUGGUGGUGAUGCCGGCGCCGUCCAAGCGAGGCCGCAAAAAGAAAUGCAUGGUCGGAGAGGGCAAUGAAACAGUCAUACUGGCUCAGCUCAGUACUGGUGGACAGGUGACAUCUUUGCAUCAUCCCACCCGGGAUCCAUACGAUCUGACCAACGAAGACGAUGAGCCCGGGCUGAAGGACAGCACUAAAACCUACAGGUGCCGGAUGUGCCCGGCGACCUUCUUCAGUAAGUCAGACAUGCAGAUCCACUCCAAGUCGCACACAGAGGAUAAACCUCACAAGUGUCCGCACUGCGCCAAGUCAUUCGCCAACUCCAGCUACCUGGCGCAACACAUCCGCAUCCACAGCGGGGCCAAGCCUUACACCUGCUCCUACUGCCAGAAAUCAUUCAGGCAGCUCAGUCACUUACAGCAGCACUCACGUAACCACACGGAGUCGAAGCCUCAUAAGUGUCCACAUUGCACCAAGUCAUUCGCCAACUCCAGCUACCUGGCCCAGCACCUGCGAAUCCACACUGGCGUGAAACCUUACACCUGCUCCUAUUGCCAGAAAUCAUUCAGGCAGCUCAGUCACCUUCAGCAGCACAACAGAAUUCAUACAGGAGAUCGGCCGUACAAAUGUUCAUAUUCAGGAUGUGAGAAAUCCUUCACGCAGCUCUCCAAUUUACAGUCGCACCGCCGUCAGCACAACAAAGACAAACCUUACAAGUGCUCCAACUGCAACAAAGGCUACGUGGACGCCGCAAGCCUGGAGGUGCACAUGGCUAAACACACGGUCAGGCACGCCCGAAUCUACUCGUGCGGCCUCUGCAAUCGCACGUACACCUCAGAGACGUAUCUUGUGAAACACAUGGAGAAACACGGCCAAGAGCAGAUGAACGCGUCGGACCCCAGACAGGCGGCCCGCGCUCAGCCCGCGGCUCGGAGUCAGGCGGAAGGCUCGGAAGGCGCAGCGACUCGGGCCGGACACGGCCAAAGCGGGUACAACCAUCCGGACGCCAUGCCCUGUUCUUUCGACAUGCACCAGUACAAGACUGUGUCCGCAAGCGACAUCCAGUACAAACCCGUCAGCGUGGCGGACAUUUCUUCUCACAAGGACCUGUGCUUAACUGUGUCGUCUUCCAGCAUCCAAGUGGAGCACCUCAACUCAUAG